UGGGAAAGGGGGGGGUAGGAGGAGGCGAGCCUCGCCAUGGCCUGUCUGCCCCGGGCUUCGGGGUGAGGCCUAUGGACCAGUUUGGGGGUCGACCUGCCCACCAGGUGAUGCUCCAGCAUCCUUUCUCCUCCUGCAUCCCUGCCACAGCAUCCACAGACGGUACCCGCAGGCUGUGCUGAGCACCCAGCCGGGCGGCAGGUGGGAGGACCAAGCCAGGCCAGCAGACCACAAAACCCCUCUUCCCCAGCCAGGUGAGGGGUGGGAUGGGGCGUCUGGUCCACCUGGAGGACCCCUCAGGUUUGGCUGGCCUCUGAGUACCCCGCGAGCGAAGAGCUGGGCGAUGCAUCUGCCGAGCCGCUGAGGAUGAUGAAGGAGAUGGAGGACGAGCAGGAGAACUGCAGCUAUCAGGGACCUGAAGAGAGCUGGCAGCCCACCAUUAUCAAACAGGAGGAAGAGGAGGAGGAAGAGGGACUGGAGGCGCAGCUGAGCCGGCUGGCGGCCGCCAGCGCUUCGAAAUGUGCCACCAACGGGCUCCACCAGAUCGUCCAAAAGCUGAGCGGCGCCGAGCCCCUGCAGCUGGUGGGACCCGGGGCCACCAGCGAGGAGGUCGUGCUCCUGGACUACAGGGUGAACCCUUUAAUUCGGGCCGGCAGACCCCCCCUGGGGGAGACGUCCCACUGGUGCCUGGAAUGCGGGAAGAACUUCGGCCAGAAAUCUGAGCUGGAAGCCCACCAGGCCAAGCAUCACGCCGGGCAGAACUCCUACAUCUGCGGCGACUGCGGGCGCAGCUUCAUGGAGCACAUGGCGCUGGCGGCCGGGCAGGGGGGCUGUGCCGCCGGACACCCUUUCGCCCCUUCCGGCAGCCGGAGGAAGGGGCCGGCCCUGAGCAACGAAGCCGGGGUGCAACGCAAGGAGCGGAAAGAACUCUCUCUGCAGGAGAAGGUCCGCGUGCUGGAGAUGCUGGAAGGGCCCAAGGUCUCGCAGAGCGAACUGGCCAAGCGGUUCGGGGUGUCCCAGCCCCAAAUUUGCCGCAUCAUCAAGAACAAGGAGCGCAUCCUGGCCGAGUGGGGUAAAAACCCCAACCCGGCUCGCAAACGCAAGCUGGAAGACAGAGCUCCGCCUGGCGGCGACCGAACGUUCCUGCAGUGGUUCGAACGCAGCUGCGGACACCCGUUCCCGGCGGACGGCAGACUUUGGCAAGAGAAAAUCGCCUUUGGAGGGGGAGAAGCCGGCUUGGAGACCACCCUUCCGUGGCCGAACGGCUCCCCGGCCAAGCCCAAAAUCAGCCCCCGGAGGGCCCUUCCGGAGAAAUGGAACCGGGAAGUGCUGGAAGAGGAUGACGACGAAGACGAAAGUCGCUGGGAAAGUACGACGCUGCCGUGUAUCCUCAGCCACUACGAUCUUCCCAACGUCUACGCUUGCGGGGAGACCGGGAUGCUGUUUCGGGCCACCCCCGAAGAUCUGGCGUCCCGGAACGGCAGCGAAGGCCAGGACCAGCUGACCAUCUUGCUGUGCGCCAACAUGGACGGCUCGGAUAAGAGGGACGUGCUGAUCGUGGGCAAGGCCGCCCGUCCGUUUGCCGGCCUUCGGGGCUUGUCUUCCGCCACCUACCGGGUUCAAAACCGGGCCUGGAUGACCCCGGCCAUCUUUUCCGAGUGGCUGCAGAAGUUUAACGAGGAGGUGAAGCAUCAGGAGAGGCGCGUGGCCCUUUUCGUGACGCAGUGCGCCGCCCACCCCUACGCCGAGCUCUCCAACGUCCAGAUGGUCUUCAUGCCACCUCACGUCGCCUGGCUGCCUCCCCUGGAGCAAGGGGUGGUCCAGAAUUUCAAGUGCCACUAUCGGAGAAGGAUGUUGACCCACCUCUUGGUCAAGGACCACGGCAGAGCCUCCAGCCCCUCCACCGGCCAGCUCUCCCAGUUCCUCAGCCUCCUGGAUGCCAUCCACCUGGUGGUCCAAGCCUGGUCCGAGGUCUGCCCUCAAACCAUCGCCAACUCUUUCAAAGCGGCCGGCUUCAGCGCGAACCCCCGUCUACUUACCCCGCCGUUGGAAGUGGUCCGAGCCCUGGGCUGCAAGGAUCAAGAUCAAUUUGAGCAGUUCGUUUUGAUGGACGAAGGGCUGGAGUGCUUCGGAGAACAGGACGGCGUGGACCCGACCAGGGAGACCCCUCGAGAGCAAGAACCCAACUCGGCGAGAGGAGGAGGGGGGGAGGAGGAGGAAGAGGAGGAGGAGAAGGAGGAGGAAUCGGCCCUCUUCUCCUGCCCCUCCAAGCCGGACGUCGUGGACAGCUUGGCGAAGCUACGGCGCUACCUGGAGUGCCACGCCGUGUCGCCCAACAUCUUCCAGACCUUCUACCAGCUGGAGGAUCUCAUCCACGCCCUGGCUCUCUCCGACAUGCAGUUAGCCAAAGGGAGAUCUUGCCAAGAUUGACUCUCAACGUAGCCCUGGAACCGGUGGACCAUUCCGGAUCCCUGAAACAGGAUGUCCAGGAAUCCACUGACGUGCGGUUUGUUUUUUUGGGGGGGAGGGUCUUCUGGACACCCUGUACAGUCUCCAAGUAGUUUUGGCAACGUAGCAUCGAGUGAGAAUCCUGCCGUUUUCCUCCUGAGAAUUAGAAGCAUGCAGAGAAGAACUACAGAGUAGCCGUAAGACACGAGCGAGGGGGAAUGUUUUGUGGACCUAGCUGUCCACAAAUUCUUCUCGCGGGGAAGCUGGGGAGGGAGCAAUGGGCAACUCGGCUUCCUUUUGACCCGUGACCCGACUUUUGCUUACACACCACGUUGUGUGUGUGUGUCUGUCCAAUUGUGACUUUUAAACCAUGGCUUUGCCUAGGGAAGCCCUCUCCACUAGCGGUUGAGUACAGGUUUAGGAAAAGUGGGAAGGCCGCUGCGGAUUGCCGCGUGUGGAUAAGUGAAAGCCCUGGGGGUUCCCAGGGGGAGGGGCCGAACAAUGCCACACCCACACAGGCAAUCGAGGGGAGUCGGUCCCAUGCGACGGGUGCAAAGGACAGCCACGGCAUCCCACCCGCGCGUGGGGCGAGGGGCCUUGUCCUCUGACUUGUACGGGACACCGUAGAUCAGUAGGAGACGUAAUAUCGGUCCCUUGGCCUGUACGGGAACAUACCUCUAUCUAUAGAGGAUCGACGAUGUUGGGUGGACCACGGAGAAGGCUUAACGGUUGGGGAGAGAGGACCUUAGGGGUCAUGGCGCCCGAACAGGGGCUCUUCUUCUGGCAUCCUGACGGACGCCGUGACCAGACUUAGUACUCUUCCCCAAGAGGAACCCACAGCAGGAUCGGGGCGACAAAAACAUGACAAUAAAGGUUAUCUUAUCUGAGUAGCUGUGGGGCAUCUGGGGAAGUUGGCCCACUUCCCUGAGAAUUUCUGCAGGACCUCAACCUCCUGGGGCGGGUCUUCCAUUUCAAGCCCUCCUUGGUCACCAGCCGUGGAGCAGACCACCCCCUCGUUGGAGAAGACCACGCGUGAAGGCCAGAAGCUACGUCGGGGACAACAGCAACUUGGAGAGAGAAAGUUUUAGAGUUUCCCAGAAUCCCCCUGGUUUUUGAAGAAUAAGAGUGAGGGAUGUAGGAGGCUGUUUAGACACCCCCCCUCCCCUGGGCUCGUUCUGAAGGACUUCUCUGACGGGAUGCCAAUAAAGUGUUCAAAGGCC